AUGAAGCCGCCUCAGUGCCUGUGUCAGAUUUGCACCUGCGGGCGCCACCGUUGCCCUCAUAAUCCCACGAGGAUUUAUGAACAUGGAGGAGAGUCGAGCCACAUGACAGAAUACGUAGACAAAUAUCCUCUUUAUGGUAACGUUCCUCCUACCCAGAGCCUCAAGCCAAAGCAGGAAUAUCAAAGCCAUGGAGGGAAAAUGGAAGGCAUCUCAACUUUCAAGUCUGACUACCUUCCAUAUGAUGUGGCAAAUCGGCCUGUUCGGGUACAAGAGGAAUACAAACCGACAGCUGGAGAUAUUGACCUGGCAACCACUUACAGAAGGGAUUAUAACGCUCACAAAAUAGAACCAGUGGUAUUAGUAAGACCUGUAGAAAGGAAAUCUAUUAGAGGAGGCAAACUGAAUACCAUACCCACUUACCAAGCUGACUAUAGGGUCUGGGAAGUUCAAAAAAGGGAGCCAAAUAAAGUGGAGAACACCUACCAUCCUCCCACGGAAAAGUUUGGAAACACCACUACCUUUCAAGAUGCCUUUUUCCCUAGGGAGCUCAGCCUCCGGAAAAGUUUUAAACCCACUGCUAUGACCAAGCUCUCAGACCAGCCUUUCAUCAGUGUUACGAGUCAUCGCACUGACUAUGUUCCUCAUCAACUAGAACCAAAAGCAAAAAUGACAAAAAAAGAAUACAAGCCAAAUAGCCAACCCUUUGAAGACGUCACAACCCACCGGCGUGAUUUUAGAGGUCUUGUUGCUGAACCUCCGAAAAGCUUCAAACCCGAACAUUCCAAAGCGGAGCUAAAGGCUCAUUUUGAUGGAAUCACAGAAUUCCGCGAUCGUUUUCAGCCGUGGGCAAUUUCCUUACCUGAAGUCCGCAAAGCAAAAGAAUAUGUUCCACCCACAGGUAACAUGGAUUUAAAUUCCACCAGCCACCUUGAUUAUAUUCAACAUGAUAUCAGUCCAAUUGUUCUCAUGAGACCAUUGGAAAGGAACAAGAGAAGUAAUGCACCCUUCCAAGGGAACACAACUAUGAGGGACUCCUUUCAAGCCUGGGACACCUGCCGGCCAGAAAUUGUCAAGAGGUCCCAAGAAAUUCCAAAGGCUUCUGGGAGAUUUGAUGAUAUGACUACCUUCAGAGCUCAUUAUAUACCACACCAUAUUGUCCCAACUCAGAGCUGCAAACCUUUGAAGAUGGCACUAUCUAGUUCAGCACCUUUUGAAGAUGGAACCAUGUACCGUACAGAAUAUACUCCAAAGAAACAACACAUCUGCCCAGCAACCUAUCCGUCUCCUCCAGGAUAUGUGUUCGUCAGCACUGAUUCUCGUGGUCACAAAUUCUUCCGCAGGGUUACACCAGAUGUCAAUAAGAUUGCUCAAACAAAUGGUAAUCAUGUUCCAAAAGAAAUAGCAGUUAUGUCAUAA